AUGGAACCCUUAUCAUUGAUCAACCUUCUAGCUCAUGUAGUCCAGAACAUAUCUGGUACAUUUGCUAACGGCCUUCUCAUAUUUUUGGUGCUAAGAAAAACUCCAAAAUACCUGCAAACCUAUUCUAUUUUUAUUCUGAACUUUGCUAUCUGCGAUUUUUUUGCUUGUGUUGCUGCUUUCUUUGCACAAGUCAGAAUACUUUCCUCUGGUCCCGGUCUUUAUUUUGUCUUCUAUGGACCAUGCUGCAAAUUGUUUAGAACAUGGAUCUGUUUUGUCGGCAAGAGACGCUUGGCACUCGACUCUUCUGCAUCGAUGACGUUUGACGCCGAAAUGUGGAAGCUCCACAGAGUGAUACCAACAGCAUCUGGAUCUUUCGGUGGUGGAGUCGUUGGUUAUAAAUUGCAGUACAUAUAUCAUGCUGUGCGGUUGGCGGGAUAUCGCUUAACUGCGCUCAGCGAAUUUGUGCGUCGCGUGCCCGUCGAAGGUUGCUGUGAUCCAAUAGUAACGGUAACAACACCUCUUGGUUAUGUGAAUCCUCCAUUUUGGAUUUAUAAUCAACCGCUCAUAGGCAGAACGGAAAUUCAUUCAGUGUGUAUUCACCUCAUGCUGAAUUAUUCAUGCUUUCAGACAGCCGUUUCUCUUGCCAAAGACCUUGAAACUGGGAUAAAGGCAAUAAUAAAUAAAAGAUUUGGCUACAACGUGGCCUCAGAGUGCGUGUGCGGCCAUGUGAAUAUAUUUACGUGGAACAUACUUCCCUUCAUUCUGCAUAUGACACUACCUAUUGCUCCUGUUUAUAUUGUCAUCCUUAUUCUCAGAAAAAUGACUGUUUCGAGACUGAAGAGCGAAUUAGCCAUAUCCGAGCACUUCCGGCGUCAACAAACACGGUUGCUUCAGGUAAAUUCUUCUUAUUUUUGUUUGCUUGUUAGCUUAUCGAACAUCUUUGGAGGUCAGAUAUCCGGGGUGGAUAGCAUUCAUUGA